AUGCCUUUGCCAUUCAAUAGGGCUCUUGACCUCAAAUUGAUCGCAAUGGUCAAAGAGAAUCCGAUAAUUUAUAAUUCUACCCAUCCGAAACAUAUGGAUUUUGAUGAGAGGGAAGUGGUUUGGCAGAAAAUCGGCGAUGCGCUCAGCAGGCCAGGUCCGCUGUGCAAAUCUCGGUGGAUCAACAUUCGAGACAUGAUGCGCAGGAAAUACAAGGAGAGAUUGAAGAACACCGAUCCUAGAGCACACAUCAAAAGCUACAAAUAUGAAGCGGAAAUGCAAUUCACAACACCCUUUUUCAGAGAAGUGUCCCAAAGUCCCGAAGACUACGUCGAAUAUCUCGAAGACGAAGCAAAUUGUGAAGUAGAAAUGCCAGCGGAAGUAUUUUUAAGUAAUAACAGUGAAUAUGAACGAGAUACAAAGGAGAUAAACAUGGAACUAAGAAGGAGAAAAGAUAACACGUGUAGAGAUAUCAGCGAAACAAUUCUCCAAGAACUGAAUCCUACUGAUCCUAUUGAUGUAUUUCUUUUAACUAUAGGUACGACUUUAAGGAAAUUUAGCCCGUAUUACUUAAACCAAGCCAAGUCUAAGAUAUUCCAGGUGGUGCAGGAUUAUGAGUUGGAACAGAUUGUUAACAAAAGCCAGGUUCCAGAGAGCAGUGAAAGCGAAACUUAA